AUUUCCCAAAUUAUAAAAUUUUGACCUGCACAAAAAUUCUGCAAUGAUAUAUACAAUGUGUAUACAGUAUAUCCCACGUCCAUACACUGUAUGUACAUACAUUCAAGUGAUCUGUUCUUGAUUUGUACGUGCAGAGACUCAUCAGUGUGUCCUAUUUCCUACUCGAGUUAAUGCAUUCUUGAAUAGACAUAAAGGAAUAAAACCCUUUUUUAUCGAUCUGGCAAACAUAUUGUUUAGUUACCCAUCAUCGAAAGGGAAGGCUUAAAAAUUAUCAACAGUAACUUUAGGAGUUACAGAUCCACAAGACGAGAUACACUGCUUCCUGGAAAAAUAGUGCUCACAGGGUUAAGCUAUUGUGAGGGAGUUUGUACUCAAACUUUUCGGCCUUCGUAGUCUUCUUUCAGUUUCUUGGGGGAAUUUUCAGUGUUACAGAUAGAUUCCUUCGGAGAGGAGGUGAGUGAUUGAAGCUAUUUCAAUUGAAUGCAUUCUGCUGAAAUGAAUAUGGUCAGGAAGUACACGAGAUCGAUGGUACCCUGGUAUUACAAAUACAAAUGCCUAAAAGAAAAAAACAGCAACCUUCCAUUAAGAAGAUCUUUGCAUGGUCUAGUGCAACGCCAGUUCAAGUUUUACCCCCAACAGAUACUUAUGAAGAUGAUCAUAAUGUUGAUUUGAAUGAAAACUCCACUUUAUUGGGAUAUAAUGAGGAGUAUGUUGAAGAACUUGAAGGGGGAGAGCUUAGUGUACAAAAGAAAAGAACACCCAAAGCAAAAAGAGAGUUUCGAGAGGAGUGGAAAGAUAAGUAUAAGUGGUUGAAGACUGCUACACAUGAAGGGAAAACAGUUAUGAAAUGCAUAUACUGUGAAGAACAUAAGUUGGUUGGACCAUGGGGAGCUGGUACUGGUUGCACUAGUAUGCAACAUGAUGCACUAGUUACUCAUGCAAAUUCAAGGAACCAUAAACUUUCAGAAGCAAAAUGGAUAUCAGAGAAUGAAGGAAAAUCAAAAUCUGGUGCAGAAGUUGCAGUCAUGGAUGAAAUCAAUAAGGAAACAACUAUUGCAUCAAUGCUUGCAAACAUUGAUGAUAUCAACAAGGAAAGAGUCAUCACAACCAUGAAAUUAGCUUAUUGGCUUGUGCAAGAAGAUAUUCCUCUUUCGAAGUAUGAGUCCCUUUGCUGCCUUGCAAUGUCUUUACAAGCACCAAACAUGCCAAAGAACAAGGAUUACAGAUCAUACACAAAUCAACCUGCUGCAAAUGCAUUCCUUUCUGCUGUAUCUAGAUAUAUUGAAGAGGUUCAAACUGCCCGAAUGCUGGAUAGUCCUUUUUUUUCUUUGAUGUUGGAUGAAAGUACUGGUCGGCGUCCAGAGAAACACCUUGGGGUUUAUGUCACGUAUCUAGACAAACAAGGGUUGGGGCCACCAAUUACACAGUUUUUAAAGUUGAUAAAUGUCUGUGAUGGAAGAGGGAGAACUUUAUAUGAUGCAAUCAAUGCUCUAAAAGAAGCGAAGGGUCUUCCAAAUAAAAAAUUGAUAGCAGUUUCUACAUAUAGCGCUUCAUCAAUGGCUGGUGGUGAAAAUGAGUUUGUUACUCUUUUAAAAAAUGAUGUGCCUAAUCUAGUAUGUGUUAACUGCAUUGCUCAUCGUGAAUCUAUGGCUGCAUCAGAUGCUGCCAAAAGGAUACCUGAACUGCUUUUUGUUGAGAAAUUAGCAAAUAAUGUCUACUCUUGGGUUCAGAAUUCUACUAAAAGAAAUGGCGAGCUUAUUGCCCUUCAGGAACUCAUGCAGCUUGAAACAUUGCAAUCUCUUCAGAUUCAUGGAGCUGGAUGGCUUUCAAGAGGACAAGUUAUUGAAAGGUUGAUUGCCUUGAUGCCAUCCAUAUUAACUUUGUGGAAGAUGGAGAAAAUGGAUCUUUGGUAUGAUAAGGCAACAAUUUUUUCGAUCCAGUUUUGUUUGCAUAUGCUUGCAGAUGUAAUGCGUGAACUAACCAAAUUGAAAGAGAAAUUUCAAGAAGAGUAUGUGGAUGUUACAUCUUUAGGGGCAACUGUAGAUGUUACUAUCAACACUCUAAGCAGAUGGUUUUUAAGGAGUGACACAUUUGCAGAUGGUACAUGUUACUUAUCAAAAUUUUUAGAUGCCUCUAAAUUUGGUUAUUUAGAGAUUACUGACAAAGAGGGAUUUAUUCAUAGACAUGAAUUGCGUUUUGUGGCAAUUCCACAUGCUCAGGCAGAUUAUGUUCACACGCAGAGGCAAACAUGGAUGCCUCGCUUUGAUGGUUCACUAGAGAGUUGUAAACAACUUGCAAGAGAGUAUAUUCAAACACUUGUAGGUUGUCUGAAUGCAACAUUCUCUGAUCUUGCUCUUUUUGAUUCUGUGAAAUUGUUUAGCCCUUGUCAUUAUUCACGGGAUGUUCGUACUAGAGAAGAAAAUUCAAGGCGCUGGCUUGAUAAACUUUUCCAGCACUUGCAGCAUACCCCAUGUGAGGGGGAAGAAAACACACCAUUAUUUGAUUUUGAAGCUUGUAAAAGAGAGUUGCAUCCAUUUGUUGAUACUCUCUAUUUUAGUUGUGAUGGAUCACUGCCAAUGAAGGAUGCUUGGAGGGUAUUUUGUGUUACAAACUUGCAUUCAAAUUAUCCAAACAUGUCAAAGCUGUGGCAAGCAAUACUUACUAUUCCUGCAAGUGCAGUGGCAUGUGCGAGAGGUUUUUCAAGACAGAAUACAAUAAAGGAUACACGGAGAACAAAAUUAUCAUUGGAUACAUUAGAUGCCUUGAUGCGAGUGUCAUUAGCAGGACUUGAUUCAUCUACAGUGGAGUGGAAUAGGGUAUAUGAAAUCUGGAAAGAUGCUAAACAAAGAAGAGUUUAAAAUGUUUUAGAAUCCGUUUUGCUAUCAUAAAUGUGCUAUAUCCCAGGAAGGGAAGGGUACCAAAUAUUCUAGACUUAACUAGUUUAAUGGUCCUAUCUCAAAUUGAAUUUGGCAUAUCAUAAUUUGGAGUUCUUCCUUUUAACUUUAAUAGUGUGUAUUUGAGAAUGAUGUGUGACACAUCAAAAAUUUGUAGAAAUUCUUGUUUGAUGUGUACACACUAUUAUAAAUUAUAAGAAUAUAUGUUGUUUCAGA